AUGACAACUUUAACAAGUAAACUACAAGAAAUUUCAAAACAACUUCAACAUUUAACUGUUUGGAGACCAAAUGAACGAGACCCACUUUUUGAACUUGACCGUUGGCGUACAGAUGCUCAUACAACUAUCGAACAGAUAUUUAAUAGAAAAAGACAACAAAUUGAACAACUUACUGAAAAACAUGAACGAGAAUUUAUGCGACAAUUAACAAGACAACAUUCAUUACUAAAUAAUAUUCAUAAAAGAUUAAUACUACCAAAAGAAAGCACUACACGUAAUAAUACACAAAAUGAUAUUUCAAUAUUAGCUGAUUUAAAAAGAAUAGAAAAUGAUAUUAAUACAAGAUUAGGUCGAGGUGAAAUAGUUAUAGAAACAACUCCUUUAAAUUUAGAAGAUUCAGUCAUGAUCAGUCUUAAAACUUAUCUUUCAACAACAUCUUCAAUAUAUUCUAAAGAAACAUCAACAAUAAAUCAACCGAAAAAGCCAAAACAUCGAUCACCUGAUGAAGUAGCAGCUGCAUGUAGUCAAUGGCUGGAGAUCAAGCAAAAAGACAAGAGUAGUGCUCAAAAAGAAGCAGAGGAUGCCAGACAAAAGAAACUAAAAGAUGAAAAAUAUCGAUCACUGAGAACAAAAGAGAGUCAAGAAGCAUACAAACAAUGGUUGCAUGAAAAAGACGUCCAAGCUGAAUCGACAAAGAAAAAAUCAAAUAUAAAUGAAAAUGGCGAUAAACAAAAAACUAAUGAAACAUAA